CUCCUUUGUUACCGACGAAAAUUACGAUACCGUGCGUUUGUAGUAGCUCAUUCUAAUUGAGGUUGAACGAAGAAAAAAUUCGGUUCUUUUCAACGCAAAUUGAAGUUCGACCCAGCUGAUGUUUACACCUUGAAUAAAAUUUUUAAACUUCAAGAACCCGACGUCACUACAUCAUCGAAUAUGUCAGAUGAGGAAGUUAUACGACGACGUCUACUCAUAGAUGGAGAUGGAACAGGCGAUGAUAGACGGAUAAACGUUUUGUUGAAGUCGUUUUUAAAAUGGGCAAAUACUCCGGAUCCAGACAAUACUGUGCAUGAAAGAAUGCUGUCACAGCUAGCCCAGUGUGAAUUCGCACAAAAAAAAUCUCGUCUCGUAGCAAAUAUGAGUCAAGAGGAGUUAAAGAAUUAUGAAAGGAUGUCAAAGGAUAUUGGUAUUCAAAUUGAAGAGGCUAAAAAAGAAAUUGAGAAAACUAAGGUCGAGCUACAAGAUGCUAAACGUGUUCGUAAAAAUAGAAUCGAGUAUGACGUUCUUGCCAAAGUGAUCAGCGAACAGCCUGAUAGACUUGAAACAGAUGUGAAGCUCGCCACUUUGCGUAAAGAGUUGGGAACCUUGAAGGAAAAAUCUGAACAAUUAGAGCAUAAGCUAGAAAUGCGAAGAAAACAGUUCCAUGUGCUAAUAUCGUCGAUUCAUUCGCUACAAGGAAUGUUGGACGAGUCUGAUGAAGAAAUAAUGGACGUCAGUCUUGAGAAUUACGAGGAUGUGGAUGUGUGUAUGUCUCCAAAGGCUGCAGCCUGAUACUUACUACGUGGUCAGUCUCAUUCCGCUUAUAAAAAUCCAGGAGAGUGUGCGAGCCACAACUUAUUGUUGUAACAAUAGGAUGAAAUAAUGGACCAUCCGAAUGUGCCUGUAUAAUAAAAAGUCAGUUCGUAUCAGGGACAAAAGGAAGAAGACUGUACGAUUUUGUGUUAUUUAUAAAGAAGAACAAUGCCACAAUUUUGAAGAGAUAUUCUCAAAGUAUUAGGAAACAUAUUAUAAAAUGAGAUCCUAUUUUACCAUUAUUCCUUGCCCAGGCAAAUACUCGUUGAUCAAGACAUGAUUGGGUAAUUUUGUUUCUGGGAAGAUCUGGAGACCUGAUAUUUUCCCAACGUACUUCGUUAACCACUAGAAAAUGAUUUUUGAAUAUUGUAAGUUAUUCCCCCUCCUCUACUUCUGCCUAGAAAAUACUAUGUAUUUUGAGUCAGAAUAAGAAAAAAAUGCUGAAACAAA